AUGGCAAUGGAAAAAGAACAUUUAACAACUAAAAACAUAGAACUUUUCGACGUACAGGACAUAGAUAAUUAUAUUAAGGACAUAACAAAUAUUAUUCAAAAAGUCAGCAGCAAAGUAUUUAAACAUAGGGGAAUAGCUAAAACAUAUAUUCCAUGGUGGAAUUCUGAAUUAGAAACACUUAAACUUGGCGUAAUUAAAAUGCAUCACAGAAUCCAAACACUGAAGCGUAGCAGAAAACCACUAGACCGUGUUUUACUGGAAAGAAAACAAUUAAAACAAGAAUAUUUGGAUGCUAUUAGGAAAGCAUCCACAGAUAAUUUUAAGGAAUUUUGCAGCAAACAAGGCAAAGAAGACGUCUGGUCGUUAACAAAUAGACUUUUAAAGAAUUCUCCACAACCUGUGCUUCCAUCUACAAUUAGAGUAACUCCAACAAACUUCACCACAACAUCUAAAGAAACGGCUCAUGUACUCCUAAACAAAUUCUAUCCUAAUGACACAGAAGAUGACACGGAACAACAAAAGCUACUUAGACAAAGUAUGUAUUGUGAACCAAACACCUCAGAUGAUCGUUUCUUUACAGAAGAAGAAGUGAUUGACUGUCUCAAAACAAUUAGUCCGAAUAAAGCUCCAGGAACCGACCACCUAACCGCGGAUAUUUGCUUAGCAUUCACAACAAUAUAUAAAUCAGCCAUAAAUAAACUACUAAACCGAUGUUUUGAAAUAUCCUACUUUCCAAAGCAAUGGAAAAUUGCACAUGCCAUCAUACUUCCCAAAUUUAAUAAAUCAGACUACUCCGAUCCUUCCUCUUAUCGCCCUAUUGGUCUUAUAAAUGUAUUCGGCAAACUUUUUGAGAAAUUGUUAAGUAAAAGACUAACAUACCACAUGAGCGUAAGCAAUAAAACAAACCCAAAACAGUUUGGAUUUAAAGAACAGUCAUCUACGUGCCACGCACUCAAAAACGCAGUCGAUAUUAUUAACACAUCAAAAAGUAAAAAGGAACUGGUAAUUGCUGUUUCAUUAGAUAUACAAGCGGCGUUUGAUAAUGCUUGGUGGCCUAUUCUAUUUAAACGAUUAAAACAAAUUAAAUGUCCAAGAAAUAUAUAUAACUUAAUACUUAAUUAUAUUAAAGAUCGCUUAGUUACUCUAAAUUACGCCGACGUCACUGUAAAUAAAACUAUGACCAGAGGAUGCGUUCAGGGUUCGGUCUGUGGGCCCCUAUUCUGGAACCUUAUUCUUGACGACCUCUUCGACACUCCACUACCCGAAGGAUGUUAUUUACAAGCCUUUGCAGACGAUGUCUUGCUAAUCGUCGCACACAAAAAUGUUAGUGAACUUCAAAUUGCCGCAAACUCAGCCCUUGAGUCGAUCUCUGAAUGGGGUAAAGAGGCUAAGCUUAGAUUUGGUCCAAACAAAACCCAAUUAAUAACGUUCACCGGCAAAGCUAAAAUGGCUAAGAUUGUAAUGUCUGGCACAACUUUGGAGUUUUGCAAAGAAAUCAAGCUCUUAGGAGUUAUCAUUGACAGAAACCUGAAAUUUAUUGAACAUACAAAAUAUAUAACAAACAAAGCUCUUAAUAUAUUUAAAAAACUUUGUGUAUAUAUAAGGCCAACAUGGGGUAUAAACUCCGAAAAUAUAAGAAUAAUAUAUAUGCAGGUAAUAGAACCUAUAAUCACGUACGCAGCAGGUAUUUGGGGCGGUGCUACCAAAUUCAAAAUAAUAAAAGACAAACUAAUAUCACUGCAGCGUGGUUUUGCCAUCAAGAUAAUCAGAGCUUUCAAAACAGUUUCCGCCUCUGCUGCAAUCUCGUUAGCCCUACUCACCCCCCUUCACUUAAAAGUAAUAGAAGUCGCCAACAUAGAAACAUCUAAAUUAACUGGAAAAACAGAGUUGUUACCCGAUGAUAUUGUAAUAGAGAAACCACUGACACCAUCACAACUUCUUCAUCCAGCUGACAGGAAAACCAUUGAAAUUAACAUGGCAACCACACAGGAAGACAUUGAUAAAAAUUACAAUAAUCAUACAACGAAGAUAUUCACAGAUGGGAGCAAGCAUAAUGAUGGUAGCACAGGUGCAGCAUUUGUAGUUCAAAUUAAUGAUAAAAUAAAAAUACGCAAGAAGUACAAACUACAUCCAAGCUGUACUGUAUUCCAAGCGGAGCUUUUGGCUAUAGAAAGAGCCUGUAAAUGGGCUAUUCAAACAGGCGUCAUUAACCUCUCAAUACUUACGGAUUCACUUUCAGGCUUAAAGGAAAUACAAAACAAAGACAGUACAAAUCCAUUUGUAGUGUCCAUACACAAAUGUAUACAUCAAAUAUGUAACGCAGGAACAGGAACAAUUAACUUUAUUUGGGUAAAAGCACACAAAGGUUUGACCGGUAAUGAAGAAGCGGACUCAACAGCCAAACAAGCUGCUAGUUCGCACAGUAAAUAUGAAUACGACAACACUCCUUUAAGCUACUUGAAACACAACUUCAAACAAAUAACUUUAACUAAUGCCGAUUCAUACUACAAAGACUCUGUUCAAGGGCAAUAUACAAAAAGUAUAUGUCCUGAUAUUGAAUCCAUACAAAAUCUGUGGGAAGCCUUUAAACCCUCUUUUGAAUUUACGCAAAUUUUGACCGGUCAUGGAUUCAAUCUAUCGUACCUGUACAGAUUUAAAAUUAAAUCAACUAAUAAAUGCCCAUGCAACGACAACUCUGAACAAACAUUCAAGCACUUAAUCGAAGAAUGUCCAAGAUACUCAAAUACCAGGAAUGAUCACAUAAUUACCUGUAACAACCUAAAUAUUACCGACGCAUUUAACAUAAAGAAAAUAAUAAGCAAGGAAUCUUCAGUCACUUCAUACACCAAACAUAUUAAAAAUAUUGUAAGAACACUUAAGGACUUCAACAGACACAUAACAUAG